AUGGAAGUGGCUUAUGUGUGUGAGUGGGAGAAGAGAACUAAAAGCAACCACAGUCCUUCUAUUCCGCUGGUGUGUGCAUGGUCAUGUAGAAACCUCAUAGCCUUCACUACAGACCUGAAGAAUGAAGAGGAGGAUAAAGAUCUGAGUCAUAUGAUCCAUAUUAUUGACACGGAACAUCCCUGGGACGUCUACUCUAUCAGCUCUGGUCAUACAGAAGUGAUUUCUUGUUUGGAAUGGGACCAGUCAGGAUCCAGACUGCUGUCCGCUGACGGGGAUGGAGAAAUCAAGUGCUGGGCAAUGACAGAGCACCUGGUGAACAGCUGGGAAAGUACACAAAGCAGCUCAGUUGAGGGAGAUCCUAUAGUGGCUUUGUCCUGGUUGCACAAUGGAGUGAAGCUGGCUCUGCAUUUAGAAAAGUCAGGCUCCACCAACUUCGGUGAGAAGUUCUCACGGGUGAAGUUCUCUCCGUCGCUCACACUUUUUGGAGGAAAACCCAUGGAGGGCUGGCUGGCUGUGACGGUGAGCGGUUUAGUAAGCGUGUCCCUGCUAAAGCCUAAUGGCGCACUGCUUUCAGCCAGUGAAAGUCUGAGCCGGCUGCGUGGUCGUGUGGCCCUUGCUGACAUCGCCUUCACAGGUGGUGGAAACAUCGUCGUGGCCACGACGGACGGCAGCAGCUCUUCACCCGUGCAGUUUUACAAGGUGUGUGUCAGUGUGGUAAGCGAGAAGUGCCGCAUCGACACAGAGUUGCUGCCCUCACUCUUCAUGCGAUGCACCACUGACCUGGUGCGCCGCAACAAGUAUCCAGCCAUCACCCACCUCAAGUUCCUUACCAGAGAGAACUCUGAGCAGGUAUUACUGUGCGCUUCCAGUCAGAUGGGAAGCAUUGUAGAGUGCUGGUCAUUACGUAAAGAAGGACUCCCAGUCAAUAACAUAUUCCAGCACCGCUCACCUGUUGUGGGAGAGAAGCAGCCUAUGAUUCUGAAGUGGCGAAUUCUCUCAGCCACUAAUGACCUGGACCGUGUUUCUGCAGUAGCACUACCUAAACUGCCCAUCUCAAUCUCUAGCACUGACCUUAAGGUUGCGUCAGAUACAAAAUUCUGCCCAGGCCUUGGUCUAGCUUUGGCAUUCCACGAUGGCAGUAUUCAGAUUCUGCAUAGGCUGUCUCUGCAAACUACGGGUGUGUUCUACGGGACCUCCGGCUCUACUCAGCGCGUUGGUGAAGAACCGACCAUCAAGCGACCGAGAACUGGUGGUCCCACUGUGCACUUUAAAGCUUUGCAAUUCUCUUGGACAUCUCUUGCUCUGGUUGGCGUGGAUAAUCAUGGAAAGCUGCACAUGAUUCGUGUGUCCCCCUCAAUGGGCCAGAUGUUGGACAUGAACAUUCUGCUGCGCCACCUUCUCUUUCUACUCGAGUAUUGCAUGGUGACCGGAUACGACUGGUGGGACGUUCUGCUACACGUGCAGCCCGGCAUGGUGCAUAACCUGGUGGAGAAGCUCCAUGAGGAGUACAUGAGGCAGAACCAGGCACUGCAGCAGGUACUUGCCACCCGAAUUGUGGCUGUAAAGGCUUCUUUGUGCAAGCUGUCCACAGCCACAGCAGCCCGAGCAUGUGACUUUUAUGCCAAGCUGCUCCUUAUUGCCAUCAGCUCCACGCUCAAAUCCUUGCUACGGCCUCACGUCCUCAACACACCAGACAAAAGCCCUGGAGAUCGGCUGGCAGAGAUCUGCUCAAAAAACACAGACACUGACAUUGACAAGGUGAUGAUCAACCUGAAAACAGAAGAGUUUGUUCUGGAUGGGCCUCCACUUCAAUCUCUUCAGCAACUCAUUCAGUGGGUGGGCGAUUUUGUGCUGUACCUCCUGGCUAAUCUGCCCAACCAGGGCUCCAUAGUGCGGCCAGGCUUUGGAUUCCUGCGGGACGGGUCCUCUCUGGGCAUGCUGAGGGAGAUGAUGGUGAUGAUCCGCAUCUGGGGCCUGCUAAAGCCUGGCUGUCUGCCCAUCUACACUGCCACCUCCGACAACCAGGACAGCAUGUCUUUGCUCUUCCGCCUCCUCACCAAGCUCUGGCUCUGCUCACGGGAUGAAACUCACAUUCAAGAGCCAGAUGAGACACUCCUAGAUGAGUGCUGCUUGCUACCCAGUCAGUUGCUUGUACCAAGUAUGGACUGGCUUCCUAUCAACGAUGGCAUCAUUACCAAGAUCCAGGGCAAGCACCAGUUACGCUUGCAAUUCGGCAAGCCCUACACUCUGCACGGACUCAACUCUAACUCACAGAUGGAUAUAUUUUCCAGGAGUCUGGCGUCUCAGAGGAUGGAUAACCUCCGCUGCUUACACAUGGGCAUCAGACCGACAGAAGAGAGCAAAGCCUGCACCAGGUGUGGCUGUGUAACGAUGCUGCGCUCCCCAAACAAGACCAAUGCCAUGAAGCAAUGGGAGCAGCGCUGGAUUAAGAACUGUCUGUGUGGUGGCCUCUGGAGAAAAAUCCCAAAUUCUGCAUGAUCAGACUUUUUAUACUGUCAUCGAACUUUUAACACAGGCUAUUUCUGAAGCAGACAGCAGGAAUUGUUUAAAUAUUGGUUCCACCCAACCCUGGAUUGCUCCCUCUCUUCAUCCUUUUUGUUCUGCCUGACAGAUCAGUGAGUUUAAUUGCUACCAGGAUCAAUUUCAGGAUCUUGAUAUAGAAGUAGAACACAUUUAUUUCCCAAUAAAGCAUUUUGUCCUGCAGUACAAACACAAAAAUAUAAAAAUUCAUUAUUUUGACUAUUUGUAAGUACUUACUAUGAUGCUUUUCAUGUUUUGUAAUACUUUAUUUUACAAUGUUUUGCAAUAAAUUUCCAGCAGUGCUCUGGUAUCUUGGUAACUGGA